AUGGAAGAUAUUACCUUUAUGAGCUCGAUCGCCGAAGUGGCGCUUACUGCGUAUGCUUACAGUCAAAUGGGCACCGGUUUCUCGUUUGGACUAUCGAAAUUGAAUUUGUCGAAUCACGUAUUUUUCAUGACUCUUGCUCAUGCGCUCACUGGAAGAGCUCUUAUGCAAUUUCGUUUAACUCGCUCGAUUCAAGAUCACGCUUUUCGACACACUUUGGCUAUUAUUUCAAUUGGAUUUGCUUGGUUUUCACUUAAACAGGCUGGAAUGGCUUACUCACUUAGCGGUUUUCUAAUGCUGGGCCUUCAAGGCGUUUAUAUUUUGAUGGCGAUUCUUACCGGUCUUAUCGUUCUUGCUCCUCAACUUUUUCCGGAUAAUUUCCUUGGGAAAUUCUUUCCAUUGCAUAUGUGGGCUGGGAAAACUUUCUGGUGGCUUCAUUCGUUGCAGCUUCUUUACACUCAUUUCAUUGUUGGACGCAAAACUGGAGAGCUCGGUUGCUGGAUGUUGUGCCCGGAGACCUAUCAAAGUGCAUAUCACGGUGCUCUCAUCAUGAUCUUCAUCUCCGCUUUCUCCACUUAUUAUGUUCUCACGAAUAAACCCCCACCACAUAUCAAUCUAAGGAAUCCGGUUAAAGAAAAGCUG